GGAGGAGUGAAGCUCUCUGACACACACUCACAGACGCAACACGCCACAGGCAGGCUACCAGACAGACUGGCAGACAGGUAGGCAGCAGUCAGGCAACAUGACCCAAACAGGGAACAGCCUCAGCUCUGUGACCUGCGACAACGGAUGCCAACCACAGAACUGAACACUGAAGUUUACUUUGAGAGUCUCAGGGGAGCUGGAGUAAGCAGAAAAUAAGACAAAUAACAAGACGAGGAGUGCUUGACUGCUGUUUUUUAGGCUGAGGAGGAGGGAGUAUUUUACUAACUUUUUCUGCACUUUCUGAACCUGUGGAAUUCCAUUCAUGAGCCAGAGGACUAAAGCCAGCAUGGUAUUCAGCUGGCAGAAGUCCUUUGCCAUUCUGACCCCCUGGAGGAAAGGAAAGGGGGACAAUGUGCUGGAAAAUGAGGUUAUCCUGACCAAGAUGAAGCUCUUCAACAACUUCCAUGAGAAGCUCCUCAACAACGCUGUUGAUUCUUCAUCCACUAUCGCCAUGUCAGUUUCUGAGCAGGACAUCUCAGAGCCUGUCAAAGGCUUGGAGGGGAAUGCUGACUUGGAUAACAUGCCUGGACAGUCCCUGAUGGAGUCAAGCUCAGACUACCUGUCAAACAUUUUCUCAAACUCUCAGCUUUCCAGGCUGUACAAGUUUGAGUCAGAGGACUCUGGGGUGGAACUGCCCAGUGGAACCAACUCUCCCUCCACACCCACCGGCUCGGAGCAGAGCUUUGUGGUCCACAGCCGGGAACCCUCCUAUGACUCCUGUAACCUCAACACUCCUGUCCCUACCCCAGAACCACUCCUCACAUUUGACCAGUGCUCUGACACCAAACAAACAGAGGAUAUGAGAGACACACCAUGUAUGACUGCAGACAGUGCUGUGCAGGAGUGUGAUAUGGUGGAGUCGGGGGCUGAACUCAACACAGAAGUUGAGAGGGUAGACCUUCAUAUAACUGAGAAGGACAUAGACAUGGAGAGGGCCCAGCACACAGCCUUGAGGGACCCCACUGAGGACAGUAAAGGGGGUUCAGAGCAGCUGGGUGAAAACAAGGCUGUAACUGAGGGGGUCAACUCAGAGAACACAAAGCCCAGGAGACAGUGCUCUACAGGGGCCUGUGACGAUAUGACAGGGGUUGACUUUGAGCAGCGGCCUCUGAGGAAAGGCACGACGAGUGACAGCCUGGAGGAGUAUAUGGAGGAAUGCUGCAGACUGAGUGAGGUCCAGCAGGCCAGCUCCAACCCCCUGGGCUCCGGACUGGGCUACCUGGAGCACAUCUGCCAGCUCAUCGAGAAGAUUGGUCAGCUGCAGGAGCACAACCUCAGGCUGCAGAAGCAGAUCUGUGGUCUGCAGAAGGAUGGAAAGAUGGCCAAGAACAAAGAGGACUUCUUCCUGCAGCACUGUAGCUGUGGAACGGCCGGCCUGGCCUUUCAGGAACAGAAAAGACACUCCAGGAGUGAGUUCCUGACCACAUCCAUGAGUGGCACCCUCUCUGACCUCUCCACCAUCCCUGAGGUCACACGUCACACAGGACUCACAGCCAUGAGAGAGAGUGACCAACGUAAUAACCAGCCCCUGGUGACCCUUUGUAGGAGGGGCCUGAAUCGGAGGAGCUACACAGAGGGAGAGACACGCUCCUAUCUCUUUGACAGUACAGAGGGUCUCUCUGCCCCACACAGACGGCUGAGUGAGAACUACACAUGGGGCAGAGUGAAGGAUCUGGUGAAGAAGACCAAGCUGAGAAACCAGAGCAGACUGGGACAGACAUCCACCUCCCUGAAGAGAUCCUGUCCACAGCUCUACUGCCCUGACCUGGGACCAGUGGAACUGCCAGGAAGAAACAGGAACUCCAUGGUCGCCUUGGGCCAUUAGAACAAACUGGACUUCCAGUGGCCCCAAUAACAAAGAAGAUACGAAACAGAUGGCCCAAAGUGGGAAGAGACAACCCUGAAGAGGAGGACAAAGUGAAGUUGAACAGAUUCUUGACUGGACUGGGAUAUGAUGAGUGUGAAAGGAGGGAUGAGAGAAAGAACACUUGUGAUGGAUGACAAAAUUUGAGUGAGGAGUGAAAAGGAAAGAAAAACAUGGGAUGGUCAUAGACAUCUCUCUCUCUUGCGACACAAUUCUAAAAUAAGGGAUUUUAAUGUUUCAAAUAAGGGAACAUUGGUAUGUAUAUGAGAAUAGAGAUGCAUUUACUCCACAACGUACAUGAAAACGAUAUAAAUGAUUUAAUCUUGUACUAUACUCGUUUUCUAUACAAUUCAUAUGGUAGCUUAAUGUCUUCUCUAAAUGUAUGUUAUUCAUUCAGGCUGACAUUUCAAUACUGUGUGUUGAUGGAGCAAACAAUAACUCUUUGAUAUGGUAGUUUCAUCGAAGAAAUAGACAAUAUUCUGGGGGUGGAAAUAAAGACUUGGAUUAUCAUUGACAAUGAUUAGAUAGAGUACAUUGGAAAAGGCUGCUUGUUGUAUCUUGCUUUCGUCUAUGGUAAAGUCUGCUCCCAAUUGAACAUGGCUGCUGCAUAAUAACAUUAUUUACAAAUGUCUCGUGAUCCAUUAUGUGAGAGAGAAGUCUACAGUAAGACAAGUCAUGCUCCCAUGAACAAAUGUGAAACAUACACAUAUCGUACACAUAUCGUACAUAUUUCAGAAUUGUACUUUCAGAAUCUAUACAACAUAUUUAGUGUGAUUUAUCUUCUUGUUUUGAGUGUAGGCCUAUAUAGGCUAGGUGUUUGCAAUAUGGACCAUACAUGGAUGACAGAUUGUGGUUUAUAUGUUGUGUGAUUGUGCUGUACAUAACACAUGUUCAUGUAGUGUGUGUACAGUCAGUAUGAUUGUACAGGAAGGGAGUCUGUAAAUUCCUAUGUCUAUAUGAUGGAAAGUUAUCAUUAUUGGAGAGAGGUUCAAGAUCCCUAAAGAUAAAAAAUAUAUAAAAAACUGCUGUCAGAUGUUACAAUGACAUUUGUGAUGCAUUGCCCUAAGGUAUUUUAAUGUUCCUGUCAAACACUUGUUAAAAAAACAGUCCAUUUUUUUAAUAUCAAUUGAUAUGACUACAAGAUGUGAUUUACCAGAGUCUGCUGUUGCUCUUGUUCAUCUUGAAGAUAUAUAUUGUUUUUGGUCGGGACAUGCAAGUCUGGUUUGACUAGCUAACAGUGAUUUAGCUUUUCUACACCACUGUUACACCACUAUGAGGUUAUUUGAUAACAGACAGGCGAAACAAGUGCCACAGUGCUUUGGAAAUCUCACUGGGCAACUAGAGAAGGUAAGUUUCACACAAAAACUUUGGAAAGGAUUAUUAAAUUGGCUUUAAAGCCUUGACACCUACCUGAAAAACAGCAGCAGCUAAUUUCAACUGCUCAAAACUGUCCAUUGUGUAAAUGACAGGAAUGGAGUUAAUCCAAUUUGACAAGACACUAAUCCCACAGAACGAACGCAAACAAUAGUUAGUUAUCCAGUAUGCACUUCAGCAACGUGAACUAGAGUGUAGUACAACACUAAUGAGUUCUACAUAACGUCAUCAUGUAGUCCUAUUAAAAUAAUAAUGUACUCAUUCUCUAACUGUAUCAUACUGAAUUCAUGUACCUCUAAAUACUCUAAUCAAGUAGAAUAUAAAUGUGUUGCAACUGAGAGGCAGUAAAGGCUGUCAAUAUGUAUAAUACAUUUGUCGGGCUGGUAACUAAAGACAAAAUAUAGUGAUAUCUGUAUAUUGUAUAUUGUACAAUUUACUGCAAUGGAUGAAAAAUCUCAAUAUGCAUAUUGCAUCAUUAUUCAAAGUUAUUUUUCAAAAUAAAGUUGACAUUUCCUAA